AUGCCGGCUGCUGCUACGUCGUCGUCGUCUUCAGCGGCGGCCUCGUCGGCACGUCCGUCACCUCGCGCACCCUCGACUAGAAUGAAAGCUGGCGGUCCUGGAGGUGGAGGAACUAUCCCGACCACUCACCCUGGACCCGGCGGCUAUCAAUCCGCUCCACUGAGCUCUCGAAAGGCACAGGCCUUGGAUAUGUCUACGGUGGAGAGGAGGGGUUCUGCAACUAAAGAAGGACCAAAGAAAUUUCGACCUCAUGGCCUCUUGGAGGCACCGACUUACAGACCAACCCUCGAGCAAUGGAAGGACCCAAUCGAAUACAUCAAAAGCAUCUCGGAAGAAGGGAAAAAAUAUGGGAUUUGCAAAAUUAUUCCACCGGAAAGUUGGAACCCAGACUUCGCCGUGGACACAGAGCGAUUUCAUUUUCGCACUAGAAGACAGGAGCUCAACUCCGUAGAAGGAGGCACUAGAGCAAACCUAAAUUAUCUUGAUCAGCUGUCCAAGUAUCAUAAGCAGCAUGGCACAAAUUUAAACAGGUUUCCAUCUGUCGAUAAGCGGCCCCUCGACUUGUAUCGCUUGAAAAAGGCUGUUGAAAUCAGAGGAGGUUUUAACCAGGUGUGCAAGCAUAAAAAAUGGGCCGAGAUUGGAAGAGAUUUGGGAUAUUCGGGAAAGAUUAUGUCCAGCUUGUCAACCUCGCUGAAAAAUUCAUACCAACGUUAUCUUCAUCCUUACGAAGAAUGGGUCAAAUCAGCAAAGCCAGGAGUGCAGCAGCAAAUUGAGGCCGAGCUGAGGGGCGCGAUAACUCCUUCGCCAGCUGGAUCACCGAUCAAAAAAUUCCCAUUGGACAAGUCAAUAAAUUCUCCGAUGGGUAGUAUGCCGCCAGAGUCGCCGGCAAUCAGGGCUUCGAAUACCCUUGCUGGAUCUUUGAGAGGCACUCCUGAUAAAUCUGAUACCGACAUGACAGAUGCAACGCCAGUUCGCGGCUCAACUCCCGCAAUGAAUGGUGGCUUUACUCCUGUCAAUACCGGGGGUGGAUUCACACCUGUUAACGUCGGAUCUUCCAAUUUCACGCCACUAACCAUGGUUAACGGAAACAGAAGAGAAGGGGACUCAGGCCUAACGCCGACUAGCAAUUCUAGAAGGAUUGAGAAUGGCACUACACCUAGCAAAAGAAACACGCCCGAAGGAUCAACUAUAGGAUCUGUUCUCAAGCGUGGUCUUAGCCAGGAAAAUGGUGUCAUUGACAGCAAGGACUCGGCCAAAGGCAUGGAUUGUGACGAUAAUUCAGAGAACGGCGAACGACGAAGCAAACGGUUGAAGAAAGAACCGGCUCCGAUGGUAGCUGGAUCACACAUGACGCUGCACAGACCCUCAUCAACGCCCAGAACCUUGAACGGUGAUCGUAACAAUAGUAAUCCAGGAGAGAAGUGCGAAAAGUGUGGACGUGGUGAUGACAUGGUCAAUCUGCUCCUUUGCGACAGCUGCGAUCAUGGCUAUCAUACCUACUGCUUGGACCCUGUGCUUAAAAGCGUUCCCGACCGGGACUGGUAUUGCAACCGCUGCUUGGUUGGGACCGGGGAUUAUGGUUUUGCUGAUGGCGAAAUUUAUUCCUUGCGACAAUUUCAAGAAAAAGCGAACAACUUUAAAACUCAUUACUUCCAAUCAAGAAUGCCGUUCGAUCCCGUCCUUAAUAAACCACGAAUGGUUACCGAGGAUGAUGUAGAACGAGAGUUUUGGAGAUUGGUGGAAAGUGUGCAUGAGACGGUAGAGGUUGAAUAUGGCGCAGACAUACAUUCAACCACACAUGGAAGUGGAUUUCCGACCAUUGAAAAACAGCCGAUUAAUCCAUACUCCACCGAUCCAUGGAAUCUGAACAACCUACCCCUUCAUCCCGAAUCCCUAUUUAGACAUAUUAAAUCCGAUGUUUCUGGGAUGACCGUGCCUUGGCUAUAUGUUGGUAUGUGCUUCUCAACGUUCUGUUGGCACAAUGAAGACCACUACACAUAUUCCUCGAACUAUCAGCAUUUCGGAGCUACCAAGACAUGGUACGGAAUUCCGGGCGCGGACGCGGAAAAGUUCGAAAACGCUAUGAGAGAGGCUGUACCAGAGCUGUUCGAGCAGCAACCGGACCUUUUGUUUCAAUUGGUCACUCUGCUAACUCCGAAGCAGUUGAUGAAGGCUGGGGUGACUGUUUAUGCGUUGGAUCAAAGGGCGGGACAAUUUGUCGUGACAUUCCCGCAAGCAUAUCAUGCAGGCUUCAACCACGGUUUUAACUUCAAUGAGGCAGUUAAUUUUGCGCCUUCGGAUUGGGAACCGUUUGGUCAAGAGGGUGUUAAUAGAUACCGAGAGUUUCGGAAAGCACCUGUUUUUUCACACGAUGAAUUACUACUUACUGCUGCUGCAAGAGACACUAGUAUUCGAACGUCGCUUUGGCUUUCACCUGCUCUUGAACGGGUAAAGAAUAGAGAGUUUGCUGAACGUCGUGGCUUACUUGAACAAGUUCCUGACAUCAAACAAUCUAUUCUACCCGAGGAUGAGGAGUUAAGCGAAGAUCAAUACCAAUGUGGGGUCACGUGCUCAUGCACUACCAAUGUCACUUGUCCGUCUCACUACCGAGAUAUUUGUGAUUGUGAGGUAUCGAACCUCACUUUACGACUUAAAAUGACGAACGAAACCCUUGAGGAACUCGUACAAAAGGUCCAUGACAAGGCGAAUAUGCCAACCGCCUGGGCUGCCAAGUUGCAGAAGACAAUGCUGGAAACACCAAGACCUGCACUGAAGGGUUUGAAGUCACUAUUGUCUGAGGGUGAGCGGAUUCCAUGCUACAUUCCGGAAUUGGCUCCCUUGAAGACCUUUGUGGAACGUGCACAGGAAUGGGUCGAUGAAGCGACUCCAUAUAUCUCACGCAAGCAGCAGAACCGCAGAAAAAAUGAGAAAGCAUGGAGGAAGGGGAGCUCUAAGCAGGCUGAAAUGGAAGAAAAAGAGCGCGAACAUAGGAAGUUGGAAAGCAUUUUGAAACUUUUGGAAAAUGCUGAGACUAUAGGCUUUGAAUGCCCUGAAAUUGAUCAGCUCCGCGAAAGAGCUGAUGCAAUCCGGGAGUUUCAGUUAAACGCCAGGAACGCUUUGGCUACUCCUGGGGCUCUAUCGACAGCUGACUAUGAAGGACUAGUCGAGACUGGGAAAAGUUUCAAUGUUGACUUGGCUGAGACAGAUUUGUUGGAGAAGAUUGUUCGGCAAUUGAAAUGGGUGGAUCUAGCAAGGGAAUCCCGUGGAAGAUUUAUGGACCUCAAUGAAACAGCGGAUAUGAUCAAACAGGGGCUUGACCUGGGAAUUCCAGACAAUAACGAACAGAUGAUGUUUCUAAAAAGCCAGAAAGAGGGUGGAGACAUGUGGGAGGCCAAGGCCAAGGAGCUGAUGAGAGCUGAUGUCGUGCAUUUUCAGCAACUAGAGGCUCUUUCGAGUCAAGCUUCAACAUUACCAGUUUCUAGGGAAACAUUAGCACAAGUCGACCAGAUUCUCAAUAAACAACGGGAGGCUCAUAGGCAGAUCAUUUCGCUAUAUGAUCAGAGCAAAGAGCCAGACCUAUCAAAAAGACCACAUUAUAAAGAUGUUAGAGAGGUAUUGGAUUCUUUAUUGGAGCUCCACAGCAAGCCUGUCGGAACAAUUGAUUUAGAAAAAGAGCAAAAACGCCAUGAAGACUGGAUGAGGAGAGGGAAAAAGCUAUUCGGGAAAGCAAAUGCACCACUGCAUAUUCUGGGCCAGCACAUGUCUUAUGUGGAAGGGCGUAAUGAGCACUGUUUCGCGCUGGACGACCGACCAAGAACUCCAGUGGAACCAUCUAGUAGAGAACCUAGCCCGGAACCAAAAAGCGGUGGCCCUUUUGAGAAUUCUAGGGGUGGACGACCCCGGGAGGUCUUUUGUAUCUGCAGGCAGCCUGAAGCCGGAAUGAUGAUUGAGUGUGAAGUUUGUCAUGAGUGGUAUCACGGGAAGUGUCUGAAGAUAGCCAGAGGCAAGGUCAAGGAAGACGAUAAAUAUACUUGUCCUAUCUGUGACUAUCGUGUGAAGAUACCUCGCGAUGCAGCUCGGCCUAAGCUCGAAGACCUCAUCGAGUGGCACAGCGAAAUUCCGGGCCUUCCGUUCAUUCCCGAUGAGCUAGAAUGCCUCAACAAUAUCAUCAAAGCAGCAUCCGAUUUCCGAGAAUAUGUUCGUCCAUAUACGACAUCAGCACUCGGACUUACUUCUGCUGAGGUCCCGACUAUGCGAUUUUAUCUGAGGAAGAUUGAAGGUGCAGAGAUUCUCUUGGCACACGAAACGAAUUUCUUCCGGACCGAGUUGCAUAGAUGGAUGCCAAUUGCGCCCGAACCUCCCCCAAACAUCGAGGUUUCUAUGUCCACCCGCAAGCCUCGUCCGACGAAGCAGCAGAAGUUAAUGGCUCAGAUGGGUAUCACAAACCCUGACGAUCUCCCGCCUCAACUUAGGACCAAAUCUCAUUCUUUUUCCAAAAAGAAGUCCAUUGACGGUAACUCAAAACCACCCCCAAUAAUAAAACCUGCUCCGUCAAAAUCGGCAACUAUGCCGUCUUCACCGGAUACCCCUACCACGAUCAACCCGGGCCAGACCCAUUCAGGUCAUGGAUCCCAGCGAUCUCCUGGAGAGCCCCAUUUCGAUUAUGGGAACUCAAGAUUUGGAUCGACGUCGCAGAGUUCGCCGACUUUUAGUCAGCCUGGAUAUCACCAAACUCCCGGAAGACUCGGGUCUCCUGUUUUAAUGAACAACCCUGGUCGUGGUCCCACUUUGGAUCCGGCCCUCUUCAACCCCAGCGCUAGUUACCAUCGAUCGAGGAAUGAGUCUAGUAGCAGUCCUCAAUACAAUAAUGCUCCUUCUAACCGGGAUAUGAACAACAUGUUUGAGGCCCUGACGAAUCAUGAUGCUACCGAAUUAUAUGUCAAGGAGCCUGCACCUACAUCGUCAGUAAGCUAUGAGGCUCUUGCCGCUGAAGCUUUGAACACCGCAGGUGAUAGCAUGGAGUCAAGUCUUGAGCAAUUCCUUACACAGUGA